AUGAUCAUGUCUUCAAUCCAUAUAGUAUAUACAAAGGAAGAUUUCGACGAAAUGUUUGUUAUUCCGAAGAGAGUGUUGAGUUUAGUCGGCAUUCGCAUGACGCACAACAUUUCGGACCUUCAAGAUAAAUGUUGGAGUCUCUUGUAUUGGUUGGAGAUGACGAACAUCCUAGUGUUUUUACCCACGGAGUUUCUGAGCAUGGUGGUGACGGCCAUAAAUGCUACUAGCUUCCGAGAGGGAGCCAAAAUGUUCAGGAUGAUACCGUGCUUUGGAACCGUUGUACUGUCUGUUUUCAAAUCGAUGAAAAUUAAAACCAACCGCACCACCUUCGAGAACAUACAUCAUGAGCUCCGUGAGAUGUGGAAGACUGGAAGGGUCACCGAGGAGGAGCAUCGCAUUAUUAGUCCAGUAUCAAAGCAAUUGAAUUAUAUUAUCAAAGGGGUGAUGGUCAUCUGGUCUAACAUAGCCUGGGACAUGUUGUUCUGUGUGUAUAUAGCACAUGUCACGAUACAGUUCAAAUUACUCUCGGAGCGCGUGCGAGGACUGAUAUAUGUGCGUGUUGAUCAGCAGCUUGUCGCCUCGUAUCCUUUAGCCAAAGUCAGGCAAGAAACAACUGAAGAUGAUAAUGAUGUACCAAAUGGCACGCUCCAAAACGAGUGGGAGAUGGCACAACAGAGGGAACUUGUAAAUAUUGUGAAGACGCAUCAUAAAUUGAUAAGGUUGACAGCUGACAUGGAAGCUAUGUUCAGUUUAGUGCUGCUGGUGAACUUCAUAAACAGCACUACUAUUAUUUGCUUUUGUGGAUUCUGUUGCGUUUUACUUGAAAAAUGGAACGAGAUUGCUUACAAAUCUUUCUUCGUGACAGCACUCUCACAGACCUGGUUUUUAUGCUGGUUCGGACAGAAACUAAUCGAUUCUAGUCUCGGCUUGUCUCAAGCUUUAUACGAAUGCGGCUGGUACAGCGGUUGUAAAAAAACCAAGAACUCAAUAUUAAUAAUGCUUGUAAGAUCCCAAAAUUGUGCUCGAGUAACAACACACGGAUUCUCCACUGUUUCUUUAGCUAGCUACACUACGAUUAUUAAAACAUCGUGGUCCUACUUCACUUUGCUUUACAACUUCUACACAAAAUAG